ACAGCAAAUUCUUAGAUGCAGUUGAUUUAUGUGGGUGGACACAAAGUAUUCUAAGGCCCACCCGAAACCAAAAUAUACUGGACUUGGUUUUCUUGAAAGACAUCGCCUUAUCUACCAUAGACAUCAGCCGACCAUUCCCUGGUAGUGACCACAACACAGUAAUCUGCGCCCUUGAUACCAAGCUUCACUCAUCAAAACGCUCUACCCUGCGCAAGACAUUCAUGUGCUUCGGAAAAGCUAGGUGGGACGUAUCUAACUCCUUCAUUAGAAGCUUAGACUGGGAUCUUUUCUUUUCUAAUAGCAACCUAGACACUGUCCUACUAGCCUUUUACCAGAAUGUAUCUAUUUGCUUUGAUAAUCUCGUUCCUAAAUGUAAAGAAAACCCAAGAGAAAACAUAAAGAAUUUCAUUCCUAUAAAAGUAAAGGCUAAGCUGCGAAAGCUGUACCGACAGUACCACAGAGAAAACGACUUCUCAUGCCUUCUAAAUAUACAGAACAUUUAUCUAGCUUUGAAAGAAAAUAACGACAAAGCCCUACUCAGACAAGAACAUGCAGCUCUUAAAGAUAGCUCUAAAUACACUGCAAUCUGUAGGCUUUAUCGCAAAAGGCUAAACUCCCGUAAAACGGAUAUACAAUUCAUUUUAGAAAAUGGCGAAACCACUAGUGACUCUAAAAUAAUUUGUGAGCUUCUAAACUCCCAUUUCUCACAGUCAUAUACCUAUGAUGAUAAUACGUUGCCACAACCUCUAUUCCCUGUACGUUCACAAAAAACCUUAGAAAUUAUCAGCUUUUCUUUAGAUAAUAUUAAGAAAGCAAUCACUUCUCUUAAAAGUUCAAACAACCCAGGUCCUGAUAUGGUUCCCUCAACUUUUUUAAAAUACGGUGGUGAAGACAUUCCUAUUCUCCUUCUUAAAUUGUUCUCUACCUCUCUAUCAACUGGAACAUAUCCAGAUGCAUGGAAAACCACGCACAUUACCCCUAGGUAUAAGUCAGGCUCCCGUUCAAGUGUCAUGAGUUACAGACCCAUUAACCUAACUUCUGUUAUUUCAAGGGUUCUGGAAAAGAUCGUGAAAAGUGCCAUUUUUGACUUCCUCUCUCAAGAGAAACUUAUCACUCCUUAUCAACACGGUUUCAUGAAGUCACGUUCUUGUACGACAUGCCACUUACAAUUUUUCGACCACAUCUCACAACUUAAAGAUUCCAGUAUGAUCACAGUUAUCGUAUACUUAGAUCUUAGUAAAGCCUUUGACACUGUAAGCCACCGACUGUUAAUAUCAAAAGUCCAGUCCUAUGGGAUACAGGGUUCAUUGUUAAGCUGGCUCAGUUCGUUUCUAAGCAACCGGAUGCAGAUGGUCAGGUUAGGUUCCCACACAUCCAACCCCGUUCGGAUAACAAGUGGAGUUAUACAAGGUAGUGUCCUAGGUCCACUGCUAUUCCUGUUAUAUUUCAAUGACAUUUGCGACGUUAUUAAACAUGGCAGACCUUUCCUAUUCGCCGAUGACAUCAAAAUAGUGUAUCACUCACUCAGAAAUGAAGUGUCAUGUGUAUUUAGUAGGAUUCAAGAUGAUAUUGAGAGCGUCCAAUUAUGGUGUAACACAUGGAAAAUGAAGUUUAACGUUGAAAAAUGUGGUGUGCUAUGCUCCAAAAGCAUUUCAUCUGAACUUUCCAUCUCCCUACACAACAAACAUAUUCCUCGUCUGCCGCUUACAACAGACUUGGGUCUGAAAUACACUCCAGAAUUUAGCCUGGCUGAAUACGUUAAAUUACAAGUAUCAAAGGUCAAAAGGCUCUUUGGAUUUUUAUUCCGAAACUUUAAGACCAGUGAAUCCAAAAUAAUGCUGUACAAGUUGUGCGUAAGGCCCUUACUUGAAUUUUGUCCCCCUAUCAUGGACAGUGUCUCCGUAAAAGACAGAUGCAAAUUAGAAAGUCUACAAAGGGCGUUUACUAAACGUCUAGUAGGUGAUAAUCUUUGCAUCUCUUACUAUGACAGAUGUAAUCUAUUCGACUUGGAACCCUUAUGGGUUAGACGACUGAAGUUCAACCUAAAAAUUACAUUUAGGAUUGCCAAAGGGCUUAUAUAUUUCCCCCACAAUGACUUUACUUUCAGUUCACCUAAGAAAUAUAACCUGAGAAAUAAAUCUUCUUCUUUUAAAGUUCCCCGCUGUCAUACAAAAUACAGAUCAAACUCUUUCACUGUGAGAUACCGUUGCAUUUGGAACCGUCUUCCAACUGAAAUUAGAGACAGUCCUACCCCAAAAACUUUCUCAUCUUUGCUGAACAAAUAUUUCAUUAACAACGGGUUAGAAGGGGUAUGUGACAAACUAAAAAUUAGAGAUCUAAUACGGCACUCCUCUGAUCCUCACUGUUAGCUCCUGAAAUCUGUAAACCCUAUGUGUGACAGUCACUUUCACUAUGAUUGCUUUCACAACCCUAGACACCUAUUCUUAAUCAGCCUUAAAUUUUAAACUUUUUUUUAAUUUCCUUCAAAUAUUUUUGCAUAUAUCCCUGAUAAUAUUGUAUUAUGAGUAUUUCAGUAUGCUAAGGUUCAAUCUCAAAUUCCAGAUGCAAAUCAACUGAAGACGACUGGUAUUAAAAUAUCUCCAGAGCCUGCCUAGUGCUAUACGUCUAGCUCUACGCAAAUUAAGGCCAAAAUGGUAGUUGUCUAAAUAUUCAAAUAAACGGUGAAUUUUCUUAUCCUAUUAUUCUAUAACUAUAAUCUUCUCUGUUCAACUUUUCUUGAACAACAUAUUAUAACUUAUCACUGGUUAUUUGCUCAAUGCUGCACGAUUACUCCCUGAUUUUCUAAACUACAUUUGUUUAUAUCUAAAAUGAAUCUUAUCUUACUAUUCUAUUACUAUAAUCCUGUAUGUUCAAAUUUUCUAGAACAACAUAUUAUAACUUACCACUGCUUAUUUGCUCAAUGCUGCACGAU